AUGUCAAGUUACCCAUGUUGCAGAACCUCAGCCUUAUCCCCCAAGCCUUUAACAAACCUCUUGGUACACCUACCGCGGAUCUCACGUGCUCGGCCUUUAUAUAACGAGCCCAGCUUCAUCUGGCAGCUGCCCCCCCUUUUCAACCAAAUCGUUUCGGGCAUAUGCCUGUUCUGGAGGACAUCAACGCUUGUCGGUGUUCUCAAGCUUCUCAAUAUUAACCAGAUUAUAUGUUUAACCAACCUUUUGGAGGAAGCAUUACCGUAUGUUCGAGCUAUGCAGAAAUACCGGGCACUCGAUCCCAGCAAAUCUUCAUCUGAAGGAGUCGACUCACUGAAACGAAUAACUCCUCAGAAUACUCAGGAGUCUCUCACCGAGGAUCCCCAUGACCAACAUCUGAGGUUGUGGACUGCUCACCCUCUUGAGCUGGGGGGCUGUCGAUUCCUCGAGGUAGAAGCUGGUAGAAAUACACAGGCUCUCAUUGUCGCUGUCGAACCAUCUUGA